GGCGCACACUCCUCCCCUUCCCUCCACAAAACCCUAGAUUAUAUAUCACUGGAUUUGGCGAUUACACCGUUUCUCCGUUGCUGCUCCUUGCUCAGGCGAUUGAAGCCCCCGUCUUUCCGUCUCGUAAUUCUGUUUCUGCGAGAAUCAACCUUCUUGAGCACUUAGCGGCGGAAAAUGGCGACCUACGCAGCGAUUAAGCCGGCCAAGGCUGGAUUGGAAGAGCCACAAGAGCAGACUCACAAGAUCAGGAUCACCCUUUCCUCCAAGAAUGUGAAGAACCUCGAAAAAGUUUGCGGGGACUUGAUUCGUGGUGCAAAGGACAAGAGGUUGAGGGUUAAGGGACCAGUGAGAAUGCCCACCAAGACCCUUCUGAUUACUACCAGGAAGUCUCCUUGUGGAGAAGGUACCAACACGUUCGACAGAUUCGAGCUUCGUGUGCAUAAGCGCAUCAUCGACCUCUUCAGCUCCCCAGAAGUGGUGAAACAGAUCACCUCCAUUACCAUCGAGCCUGGUGUUGAGGUUGAAGUCACAAUUGCUGACGCUUAGAAAUGCUUCUUUCGGUUUCUGUUUGUCAUGGACUCCCCCUUUUUGUUUGAGAUAUCAGUUUAGUAGAGAGGUGAUAUUUCUGUAUUUCCCUUCCUGCCCAAUAUGUACAUUGAGCGGUAAAACAGUGUCUGAUUUGGUGAAACCAGUUACUAUUGGUAGACACUAGACGGAAAUUUUAUGACUUAAUGAAAAUUUCGGAGGCUGUUUUUAUUUCUGUCACUGCUGUAUAAGUCAUUCCUAUGACUACUCGACUUUAUUUCUUCUAACC